AUGAAGAAGAAAGAUGAAAAACGGCGACGGAGGAGAGCAGCGGAUAGAAUAAGCAGUUUACCAGACGAUGUUCUUUGCCACAUUCUCUCUUUUGUCUCCACCCAAGAGGCCGUUGCCACAAGCGUUUUGUCCAAGAGAUGGACUCAUCUUUGGCGCUCUAUAGACAAUAUCGAUUUCAAAUACAUUGAAAUUGAUAGCAUUAAAUCGUAUUCCAAAUUUAACAACUCUAUUAACUCCGUUUUGAUCUCUCGAGAUGCUAUCGGCGGUGGUUCUCAUUCCAUCAACCGUUUUAGCCUCGACAUUGAAUAUAGACUCAAGUAUCUGUGUCUCCGUCUCCAUGUUGAGUUUGUCGAUCCCAUUUAUCCUGGUAAUGAUGAUGAUGAUGGUGAGGAUGAGGAUGAGGAUGAGGAGGACGACGAUGAUUAUAAUGAUAAUGAUGAUGCUGAUGUUGAUAAUAAUGAUGUUGAUAAUAAUGUUGUUGUUAAUGUUGAUCACCGCUUACCUAAAUUGCCCAUUGGCAUCUUCACGUGUAAAACCCUUGUUAGUCUCAACCUCAAUUGGUUCUCUGUCAAAGGUUUUUCUUUUUCUUCAAUUGGAUUUGGAUUUCCAUCACUCAAAACCCUUUGGUUGAGUGAUAUUCACUUCGCUCAAGAUCGAGAUUUUAUCUUGCUUCUACUUGGAUGUCCAGUUCCCGAGGAUCUAGGAUUAUUCCGUAUAAAGUUGCAUUAUGAUGAGGAGGACUCUCUUGCCAUUCAACAGUUUAAAAGCUUAAGAUUACCCAAAUUGAUUAGAGCAGAUAUUACUCAUUUUGUGUGUUACUAUUUUCCGCUGAAAGUACUUUCUACUUCUGAGUCUCUGUGCUUAGAUAUAUUCAAGUUGUACACAAAAAACAGAAAAGUCUACCAGCUUUGGCAGGCGGUAAUUUCCACAGAGAAAUCUUGCUAA